CACCCACAACCAACCCCAUCCACUGCCAUGUCUGACGAAUUGGCACCUCCCUUGCUUGGGAGAGAAACGGUACCCGUGCCAACAGAUGGCAUCGAUCGCUAUACUGGCAGGCCCCGACAGAGCAGCACGCUUUCAUACAGAACAACCCUCAAUCGCACCUCUUCAAAAGUUGACCACGUCGUCCUCUUCAAAACAGACGAGAAGGAUCUUGCUGGAUCAGCGAAGGAUUUAGAACAGCUUGUGAAACGUAUUGAUCAAGUUGGUUUACGUGUGCAAGUCAGAGAAGGCGCGGAACCUGGUGAUCUGUUGGUUUUUGUCAAGUGCCCUGAGCAGCGCUUGCAUAAAGAGCAUUUCAAUGCUCGUACGAAUGACUGGCUAGCGGCUGUUCGUCUUGAUGUGCCUAAGAGAGAUGAGACAGAGGCUGUCACUGAGUCUGAGCGGCUACGACUCGUGCAUCUCAUCCUGACAGCACCGGUCGAAGAAGGCGGUGCAGGCAUCACACCCAAGCUUGGUGCUUGGCGUCGCGUUGAAGCCAUCUUCCCACUCCACAAUCAAGAAUUUGAGAACCGCUGGUUACACCAGUGGUCGACGCGCUGGUUCAUUGAUGACGCUGAGCUCGGCCAUGUCGCUGAGCAUUUCGGUACCAAGAUUGCAUUGUACUUUGCAUUCUUGCAGUUUUACCUCAAGGCACUCACACUUCCUGCUGCAAUUGGGCUUGGUGCAUUUUUUUUGCUUCCUGAACACUCACCCAUCUAUGUUGCUGCCAUCUCACUUUGGGCUGUGGUAUUCAAUGAGCUAUGGGCGCGACGAGAACAAGACCUGGCAACGCGAUGGGGCGUGAAACACUGUUCUCAGGUAGAACACCGACGUGCUGCGUUUGAAGGUACGUCAACUGCAAAAGACCCAGUGACGGGCGAGACAGCCAAGACCUUUUCCUCCUGGCAACGUCUGCAACGAGAAGCCUUAUCAAUUCCGUUUGCGCUCGUUGCGGGCACCUUUCUAGCUGCUGUGCUGACGGGUAUCUUUUCUGUUGAAGUCUUCUUGGGAGAGAUUUAUGAUGGUCCUCUCAAGUCUGUCUUGACAUUCACCCCGACCGUUCUCUUCACGCUGCUUGUCGGGCCUUUCUCUAGCUACUACAUGAAAGCUGCACAGCAGCUCACUCUAUAUGAGAACCACGAGACAGACGCCAAGUUCAAUGCUGCCAUGACGAGAAAGACAUUCGUUUUGAACUUCCUGACAUCCUACACAGCGCUCUUCCUGACGCUCUUUGUCUACUUGCCAUUCGGACAUCUCAUUGUCCCAAGGCUCGAUGUAUUUGGCGUGACGACGACAUAUGCCGAUUAUGGCGUCAAAGCAAAACCCUUCGUCAUUGACCAACACCGCAUUCGCAACCAGCUCUUCUACUUUGCCGUCACAGCGCAAAUUGUCAAUCUGGCGACAGAAUUCCUUGUACCGCUAGCAACACGUCUCAUCAAGGGCGAGGCACAACAUCUGCGGGAAUCCUUUACCGGUAAAUCCCGAUACAAGCCACAAGAUUUGCCAGAGGAGUCUGCCUUUCUGGAGCAAGUCCGGCAAGAAUCUGCACGGCCAGAGUACAACAUCUACUCGGAUUACUCUGAGAUGGUGAUUCAAUUUGGGUAUACAGUCAUGUGGUCUCCCAUAUGGCCCUUGACGCCCGUCUGCGCAUUCAUCAAUAAUGUCGUCGAGUUGCGUGCGGAUGCCGCUAAACUGUGUCGAAACAUGCGACGUCCUGUACCGGCUCGUCAAGAUUCAAUUGGUCCGUGGACGGAUCAUUUAUGGUUAUUGACGUGGUUGGGAUCGUUGACGAUGCCAUCGAUUGUCUACCUCCUGCGUGGUCAUCCAGCACACAGUAAGCCCUUUUGGCAUUUAUUAGGGUUCAUGUUCUUUGGCGAGCAUUUGUUCAUGGCUAUGCGUAUGGCUGUACGUGCUGUGCUGCAGAGGCUUCCAUUGCAAGCACAAGUAGCGUCACGAAGGGAAGAACUUGCCCUGCGCAAGUCGCAUAUUGAGAAAUUGAUGGAUCGGGAGGAGCGAGAGGUCGAGACGCAGUCGCAUGCUGAGGACCAGAACGACUUCUUCUCAAGUGGUAUUGAUCAUGUUUGCGCACAUGGGAAGGAGCUCAUUCAGUCGAGUGUGCAGAAGAAGAAGAUGUCCCAGCAAGAGACAAAGAAGGAGCUGUAGUGUGAUUUAGCUCAAGUACGUGGAUUUCAAUUUUGUGCCCAU